UUGGACCAACCAAGAGCGUCAUUACGCGUUUCUCUCUAUCUAUCUAGCGUGUCUGAGAAUUCCGUGUCGUUGACGAGCGAGGGUGCGACUAUGACCUGCGACUUCGAUCUCCGGCAAUCCGCGGCGAGGUUCGUCCAGUAAAACGGCGCCGUAUAGCGGGAUCUGCGACGCUGGGCGGAGUGGCCAUGGAGGGCGAGAACGCGAGCAACAAGGUGAUCGAGUUGGUGAACGAGAUAGCCAGCAUCUCCGAUUACAGGCCUCCGGUGAAGAAGCAGUACUGCAACUUGGCGCGGAGGCUGAAGCUUCUGAUCCCGAUGUUCGAGGAGAUUAGGGACAUGAACAAAGACGCGCUUCCCGAUAACACUUCCAACGCCGUCCUCGCCUUCAAGGAAGCUCUCGAAUCCGCUAUGGAACUCCUCAGAUUCGGAAGCGAGGGCAGCAAGCUUUACUUGGUCCUUGAGCGGGACGAAAUUAUGAAUAAAUUCUACAAGGUGACAGCUCAGUUGGAACAGUCGUUGGGUGGUAUUUCCUAUGAUAAACUUGAUAUAUCAGAUGAAGUUAAAGAGCAGGUUGAGUUGGUUCUUGCCCAGUUCAGAAGAGCUAAAGGGAGGGUUGAUGAACCAGAUGUCAGGUUGUAUGAGGAUAUGUUGUCUGUUUACAACAACAGCAGUGAUGCAGCUACAGAUCCAUCUGUUCUAAGUCAAUUAGCUGAAAAGUUGAAAUUGAUGGGAAUAGCUGAUCUUACUCAAGAAUCACUUGCUUUGCAUGAGAUGGUGGCAUCAAGUGGUGGGGAUCCAGGGGCACGCAUUGAGAAAAUGUCAAUGUUAUUGAAGAAGAUAAAGGAUUUCGUGCAAAUAGAAAAUCUAGUCAAGGAUGAUAAUUUAGGAGGAAAAGGCAUUUUCUCAAAAGUCUAUGGACUUGGGACAAAUGAAAAGAGUCAUCAAGCUCCUGUUAUCCCUGAUGAUUUUCGAUGUCCGAUUUCCCUGGAAUUAAUGAAGGACCCUGUCAUUGUUUCAACGGGACAGACUUAUGAGCGUACUUGUAUUGAGAAGUGGUUGCAAGCAGGGCAUGGAACCUGCCCCAAAACACAGCAGACUCUCACUAGUACUGUUCUCACGCCUAACUAUGUAUUGCGAAGCCUCAUAGCACAAUGGUGUGAAGCCAAUGGCAUAGAGCCACCAAAACGACCUAGUGGUUCACAACCUAGUAAAUCAGCAUCAGCCUACUCACCCGCUGAGCAAAGUAAGAUUGGAAGUCUUCUCCAAAAGCUCAUAUCUGUCAGUCCUGAAGACCAGAGAUCAGCUGCAGGUGAGAUCCGCCUUCUUGCAAAGCGCAAUGCUGAUAACCGCGUUGCCAUUGCUGAAGCUGGUGCAAUACCUCUCCUUGUCAGUCUCUUGUCUGUGCCUGACUCCCGCACUCAAGAACAUGCUGUGACAGCGCUCCUGAAUCUUUCCAUAUACGAAAAUAACAAAGGAAGUAUUGUUUCUUCAGGAGCAGUUCCAGGUAUAGUUCAUGUGCUGAAGAAGGGAAGCAUGGAAGCUCGGGAAAAUGCAGCUGCAACACUUUUCAGCCUUUCAGUUAUAGAUGAAAACAAGGUUACAAUUGGGUCUUUAGGAGCCAUACCACCACUGGUGACACUGCUAAGUGAGGGUAGCCAAAGGGGUAAGAAAGAUGCUGCAACAGCACUCUUCAAUUUGUGCAUUUACCAGGGCAACAAGGGAAAGGCAGUGAGGGCUGGCGUUAUUCCCACACUGAUGCGACUACUGACCGAACCUAGCGGGGGAAUGGUGGAUGAAGCAUUAGCUAUUUUGGCAAUAUUGGCCAGCCAUCCUGAAGGGAAGGUUACUAUUAGAGCUUCAGAGGCAGUGCCAGUGUUAGUAGAGUUUAUUGGGAAUGGCUCCCCAAGGAACAAAGAGAAUGCUGCUGCUGUUUUAGUUCACCUCUGUUCUGGAGAUCAACAAUAUCUAGCACAGGCCCAAGAGCUGGGGGUGAUGGGUCCACUGUUGGAAUUGGCUCAAAAUGGAACAGACAGAGGCAAAAGAAAGGCUGGACAAUUGCUAGAGCGUAUGAGCAGGCUAGUUGAGCAACAGCAGGAAGUUCCAACACAAACUGAAACUCAAGCUCAGAACGAGGAUACCGAACCACCUUUGAUUACUAACCCCGAUGAUUCCUAAGAUGUCUUGUUAUACCUUGUUUUCAUUUUGCCUUUUUGUUCUUUUAAAAGUGUUGAAAGAAGCAUCUGUUUGGAGGAAAGGGUGGAAGAUCACCUUCCUACUCCAUAAGUUAUUUGUUUGUUUGUGUGAUAUUCAGAGAUGCAAUGCAAAAACUUGUGAAAGUGGGCAAGAAGAAAUCGAAUCAAAUGGGCAAGCCUGACGUGGAAAAAUGUAUAAUUGUAACAUGUACUAUAUUCUAAUCAUCCUCAGAUUUUAAUGAAGAGAUGUUUUGUUUAUUCGUACCGCAUCAGAUGAUGUUAGAGAUGUUAUAACAGUAUAAA